AUGGCGAACCUUGAUGAGGUCAGAAGAAUUUAUGAAAUUAUAGAUGGCAAUGCGGAUGGAGUUGUGAGUGUGGGUGAAAUCAGUUGUUUCGUAAACAGACUUGGAAUACCAAUUUCAGAACAAGAUAUCACAUGUAUGUUCAGUUCUCUGAGCAAUGAUGAAGACAAAUUUAACUGCGUAGGAUUUGAAGAAUUUGUGCAUUUAUAUCAGUCAAUCUUCAGUAACGAAGACGCGGAAUUAGAAGAUGAGUCAAAGGAUUUGAUGGAAGCUUUCAAAGGAUUUGAUCGGAAUGAAGAUGGAUAUAUCUCUUCCUGUCCUCUCUGGGAUUGA